AUGGAUAUAUUUUUUCUAGAUGACCAAAAUUAUUUGAUAACUGUAGACUAUUUUUCAAAUUACUGGGAAAUUGACUACUUGAAGGAUUUGCAGUCAGAGACGGUCAUAGCAAAAAUGAAGAGUCAGUUUGCAAGACAAGGAAUUCCUGAAUGUGUUAUAUCAGACAAUGGAACACAAUUCACCAGUGAGCUUUUCAGCCAAUUCUCAAAGAAAUGGAAUUUUCAACAUAAAACCUCAUCGCCAGGAUAUGCCCAGAGCAAUGGCAAGGCUGAAAAUGCAGUUAGAACAGCUAAAAGGCUACUAAAAAAGGCAAAAGCGGAUCGAAAGGAUCCUUAUUUGGCGAUAUUGGAUCUCCGCAACACACCGGAUCAAGAUGGCAGUAGCCCUGUACAGAAGUUGAUGAGCAGACGUACAAGGAACCGGUUACCAACCACUUCAAAGCUCCUGAAACCAAAGGUAGAAAAAGGAGUGUUUGAAAACAUAAAGAUAAAGAAAGAAAGACAAGAGUUACAGUAUAACAAAUCAGCUAGAGACUUGAAGCCACUUCAAGUUGGAGAUAAAGUCAGGAUAUUCCGAUUUCACGACAAACAAUGGAACUUGGAAGGCAAAGAAACAGCUGAGGAGAAAUAG